AUGUCGAAGAAAACGAACGAAAUAUUUAACGAACUUUGUGAAUCCAAUUGCUACAAAAUUAUUAUACCAGGCGGACAUAAAUAUAAGAAAGAUUAUAUAAUAAAUAAUCUAAACAAUUAUGUCGCACCGGAAACAAUCGUUCCGAUAAAGUACAGAAAGAGAGGAAAUGAAGCCAAUUUUUUUGUAGAUGAUAAAAAAGUAGCAGUUACGUUACUCGAUUGUGAAAUCAUAACUAACCGUGGAAAACAACUGACAGUCAGAGUUACAACAUCAGCAUUUCCCCGGUGUAUAAUUGAUGAUGAAUUUGAAGAAAGAGUAAAACAAGCCAUGGUGAAACGAUAUGUACCAGUGAUAAAAAUGAUAGAUAUGUCAAAGUUUCACAGAGAUCCGGAUCUCAUUUCUGACUACUUUUGUGCACUGUCGUGUCCUCCAGUUUUAGACACUGUGUUUAACGUUCUAUCAGAACAUAUGUCAGACUUAAAGGCAAUAAAUUUGAAUGGAAAUAUAUUGGACAUUGAUCUAACAUUACGUAUGAUCAAAUCAAAAUUAUUAGAACUAAAGAUACUGCACAUUGGAGAUAAUUCGCUAAAAGACAUCGAAGAACUAAACGCUAUUAAAAAUUUGAAUUUGGAGGAGCUCAUAUUGACUGGAAAUCCGAUAUGCAACAAGUAUCAAUCCCAAAAUGACUAUAUUAAAGAUGUGCAAAAACAGUGCCCUGAAUUACUGAGACUGGAUGGUAUGAAUCUUUCAAAACCAAUAUUGUGCGACGCAGUGGACGAAGGAAAUAACAUGCCAGCCUCUGAAAGGAUGUUUGCUGCAAAUGUACAAGCGCAACAAUUUGCGAGCAAAUUUUUAGAACAAUAUUUUCUCAUAUUUGAUAGUGACGCUCGUGUAUCACUUCUAACCGCAUAUGCCAAAGAUGCGUGCUUCAGUAUGACUGUGUUUGAUUCUCACAAUCCUCGCAAUCCAAACAAGUUGAAUGGAUAUGUUACGGACGACAGAAACUUGUGUAGAAUAUAUUCCACAGAUAAAAGGCAAAAAUUACUAAAACAGGGACGUUUGCCAAUCAUUGCAUAUUUCUCUGAAAUGCCACGAACGUCUCAUUACCUGAACACACUUACCAUGGACAUCAGUCUGAUUACGGAAGCAAUGAUAUUGGUUACAGUCACAGGACUGUUUAUAGAGCUUGACAACACAGAACAGUCUAUCCGUUACUUCAAUCGGACCUUCACAAUAAUUUCUCAAGGAAAUGGAUGCUGUAUUAAAAAUGAGCAAUUACAUAUUACUCAGCCGACAGAGACACAGUUAAAGCAACUGAAUAAUCAACCAAACAUACAAAAGACUGAUCCAGCAAAUACAGCAGUACUGGAAGUACAAAUUUUAGAUUUAAAAAUACAAACGACAUGCCAAGACGUAGAAAUGACGGAUCACGAAGCACAAAUGGCUGAUCUAAGAAAACGGAUGUUUUCUCUUAGCAUUACAGAAACAUCACCUGUACAAUUACCAGAAGAUGUAAAACAACUAAUGACGAUGACACUAAGUCAGCAGACAGGAAUGAAUUUGUAG